CGGCAACAGUGAUCGCGCGUAUAUCCGCGUCUUCGUUUUUUAUCAGGUGAUCCGGCAGAUUUCCGCACUAUUUCCAUUGAUCAGCAUGCUGCGUUACUUUGCGAGUUCUGAAUUGCAAAUCGCAAGACUGCCACGCCCACUCUCGCGAUACUAUCACAGCGAGAAGGGUGUUUGGGGAUAUAAACCGAGUCCACGGCGCGAAUUUCAAGUGGCCGAGGAUGUGCGGGCGUCGAGGAACUCGCAGGGCAAUGUCUAUCGUUUUGUGGAGGCCUUUCGCCAGCACGGGCACAAAUUGGCGACCGUAAAUCCCAUCAGCAUCAGGGCGAGCCAGGAGGAGCUGCAGGAAUUAAGUCCCGCAUUUUAUGGACUGCAGACACAAGACUCGGUGCGCACCGCUGGCCUCUUAAGUGGUCCGCAGGUGGCCCAGGACGUCGCCCAGCUGGAGCAGCUGCUCAAGGACAUUUACUGCGGCCGCUCAACCAGCGCCGAGUUCUCCUAUGUCGAGGACAUCGAGGAGCGCGAAUGGCUGGCCAGGAACUUUGAAACGCUGGACCAGCAGCAGCUGCAGAACGCCGAGCGCUGCGAAAUCGCCGAGCUGUUAAUUAAGUCGCAGGCCUGGGACAAUUUCAUGGCUCUCAAGUUUCCCACUGUCAAGCGGUACGGGGGCGAGGGCGCCGAGUCCAUGCUGGCCUUCUUCUGGCAGCUGCUACGCGACAGCGUCCAAGCGAACAUCGAGCACGUGGUCCUGGCGAUGCCCCACCGAGGACGCACCCCGCUGCAGGCCGCCCUGCUCAACAUGCGGCCGGCGAAAGUUUUCCGCAAACUCAGCGGCGCAUCCGAGUUUCCCGAAGACAUCGAGGCCAUGUCCGACGUCAUAAGUCAUUUCCAUGUUUCCGAGCAGCUGCAGGUGCUGGGCAAGAGCCUGAACUUCAGCAUGGUGCGCAAUCCCUCGCAUCUGGAGGCUGCCAAUCCCGUGGCCAUGGGCAAGGCGCGUUCCAAGCAACAGACGCGAGGCGAGGGAGGGUUUGGAAACAGCGACACUCAGCCCUUUGGCCAACAUGUACUCAACGUAAUCCUGCAUGGAGAUGCGGCCUUCGCCGGGCAGGGUAUUAACCAGGAGUGCCUGAAUAUGGCCUAUGUGCCGCACUUUGAAGUGGGCGGCAGCCUACACUUGAUUGUCAACAACCAGGUGGGAUUCACCACGCCCGGAGAUCGCGGGCGAUCCACGGCCUACACCUCCGACUUGGCCAAGUCCAUCCAAGCGCCGGUAUUCCAUGUAAAUGGGGAUGAUCCCGAGGCUCUGGCCCGAAUCACAAACCUGGCAUUCCGGUAUCAGAGGGUGUUCCGCAAGGACAUCUUCAUCGAUCUCAACUGCUUCCGUCGCUGGGGCCACAACGAGUUGGACGAUCCCACUUUCACAAACCCGCUGGUCUAUAAGAUCGUGCAUCAAAGAGAAUCGGUGCCGGAUUUGUAUGCCAAGCAGCUGGCCAAGGAGCAGGUUCUCUCUGAGUCACAGGCCAAGGAAAUGAGGGAUAACUAUAUGAAGUAUCUGGGCGAGGAGUUGGCCUUGGCUCCCACCUAUCAGCCGCCGCCCUCGUAUUUUGAGAAGCAGUGGAAGGAUCUUCAGCUGGCCCCGUCCAAGGAACUAACCUACUGGGAUACGGGUCUUGAUUACUCCUUGUUGCAUUACAUAGGACAACAAAGUGUGGCCUUCCCUGAGGACUUUAACAUCCAUCCUCACCUGCUGAAAACCCAUGUAACAGCUCGCUUGAAGAAGCUGGAGAACGGUGCCAAGAUUGAUUGGGCCACGGCCGAGGCCCUGGCCAUCGGAAGUCUGAUGUAUCAGGGACACAAUGUCCGCAUCAGUGGUGAGGAUGUGGGCAGGGGAACCUUCUCCCAUCGCCAUGCCAUGCUGGUGGAUCAGCAGACCAACGAGAUGUUUGUCCCACUCAACAGCAUGGCAGGUGGAAAUGGCGGCAAACUAGAACUGGCACAUAGUAUUCUAUCGGAGGAGGCGGUGCUGGGAUUCGAGUAUGGAAUGGCUAUUGAUAAUCCCAAUAACCUGAUCAUCUGGGAGGCACAGUUCGGGGACUUUGCCAAUGGAGCCCAAAUCAUUAUCGAUACGUUUAUUGUGUCGGGAGAGACCAAAUGGAUGGAGUCAAAUGCCCUGGUGAUGCUGCUUCCCCAUGGAUACGAUGGUGCUGCCUCGGAACACAGCUCCUGUCGCAUCGAGCGCUUCCUGCAACUGUGCGACUCCAAGGAGACCGCUGCAGAUGGCGAUUCCGUCAACGUGCACAUCGUUAACCCCACUACGCCCGCCCAGUACUACCAUGUCCUGCGUCGCCAGCUGGCAAGAAACUUCAGGAAGCCACUGGUAGUGGUGGCCCCGAAGACGUUGCUCCGUCUCCCGGCUGCAACGUCCACACACGAAGACUUCCAACCGGGCACGCUUUUCCACAAUGUUUUGGGCGACACCACCGUGAAGGCAGAGCAGGUGAAAAAGGUCAUCCUGUGCAGCGGCAAGCACUACUACAAUCUGGCGGAGGAGCGCGAGAAGCGGCAGGCCUAUGAUACGGCCAUCCUGCGCCUGGAGUCCCUCUGUCCAUUCCCCCUCCAGGAGCUGAAGGCCCAGUUGGCCCAGUAUGGCAACGUGCAAUCUUUUGUUUGGAGCCAGGAAGAGCAUCGCAAUAUGAGCGCCUGGACUUUUGUGCGGCCACGUUUUGAAAAUUUAAUUGGCCAACAGCUCCACUACUGCGGCCGCUGCGAGGCACCCACACCCGCCACCGGAAUCGGAAAAGUGCAUAAACGGGAAGUUGAUGAGAUUGUUGCUGCCCCAUUUGAACUUUAGUGCGCCGCCCACGUCCACCUUCCCCCCUCCAGCCAUAUAUCACAAAGUACUUUAGCUCAAUAAAACUGCCAAAAAUA